AUGAUGACUGCUGAAUCUCGGGAAGCUGCAGGUCUGUCGCCCCAGGCCACGCCAGAGAAAGAAGGAAUAGUAAUAGUGAAGGUAGAAGAGGAAGAUGAGGAAGACCACAUGUGGGGGCAGGAUUCCAGCUUACAGGAAACACCUCCCCCUGACCCAGAGGUCUUUCGCCAACGCUUCAGGCACUUCUGUUACCAGAACACUUUUGGACCUCGAGAAGCUCUCAGUCGGCUCAAGGAGCUCUGUCAUCAGUGGCUCCGACCAGAGAUAAACACCAAGGAACAGAUCCUAGAGCUGCUGGUGCUGGAGCAGUUCCUUUCCAUUCUGCCAAAGGAGCUCCAAGUCUGGCUGCAGGAAUACCGGCCUGAUAGUGGAGAGGAGGCCGUGACCCUGCUGGAGGAUUUGGAGCUUGAUUUAUCAGGACAGCAGGUGCCAGGUCAAGUUCAUGGACCUGAGAUGCUUGCAAGGGGGAUAGUGCCUCUGGAUCCAGGACAGGAGUCUUCCAGCUUUGACCUUCAUCCUGAAGCCACCCAGUCACAUUUCAAACAUUCAUCUCGGAAACCCCGCCUCUUACAAUCACGGGCUCUCCCUGCUUCUCACGUUCCUGCCUCUCGUGAGGGGAUUCCCAAAGACCAGGCGAUGGCAUCUGCACUGUUCACAGCAGAUUCCCAGGCAAUGGUGAAGAUCGAGGACAUGGCAGUGUCUCUCAUCCUUGAGGAAUGGGGAUGUCAGAACCUGGCUCGGAGGAAUCUCAAUAGAGACAACAGACAGGAGACUUUUGGGAGCAUAUUUUCCCAGGGUGGAAACAGGAAUGAGAGUGAGGAGUCAACCUCCAAGGCUAAGAUUGCAGAGGACUCAGCAUCACAUGGGGAAACAACAGGAAGAUUCCAAAAAGCUUUUAGAGAAAAACAUGAACAACAAGGCAGAGUAACAGAACAGCAGCAGAAACACUCUGAGGAGAAAAAUGGCAAAGAGAAGAGAGACUCGGGACCAACCACAGUCAAGGGUAAAAAACCCACCACAGGAGAGAGAGCCCCAAGAGAGAAGGGCAAAGGACUGGGGAGAAGCUUCAGUUUGAGUUCAAACUUUAACACCCCUGAAGAAGUCCCUACAGGAACAAAGUCUCACAGAUGUGAUGAAUGUGGCAAGUGCUUCACAAGGAGUUCAAGCCUUAUUCGCCAUAAAAUAAUCCACACUGGAGAAAAGCCCUAUGAAUGUAAUGAGUGUGGCAAAGCCUUCAGUCUUAAUUCAAACCUUGUCCUGCAUCAGAGAAUCCACACAGGAGAGAAGCCUCAUGAAUGUAAUGAGUGUGGCAAAGCUUUCAGCCACAGCUCCAAUCUCAUUCUGCAUCAGAGGAUCCACUCUGGAGAGAAACCAUAUGAAUGUAAUGAGUGUGGGAAGGCCUUUAGCCAGAGCUCAGACCUGACUAAACAUCAGAGGAUCCACACUGGGGAAAAACCCUAUGAAUGUAGUGAGUGCGGGAAAGCUUUCAACCGAAACUCAUACCUUAUUUUGCAUCGGAGAAUUCACACCAGAGAAAAACCUUAUAAGUGCACUAAGUGUGGUAAGGCCUUCACUCGGAGCUCAACCCUCACUCUGCACCACAGAAUUCACACCAGAGAGCGAGCCUCUGAUUACACCCCAGCCUCCCUUGAUGCGUUCGGAGCAUUCCUGAAGAGCUGUGUGUAA